AAACAGACAGUUCAAAUACUCAGUGCACAAGUCGUGGAGUAUAGACACAUGAAGGGUAGGAAGAGAAAAUACUACCGAACCGUCCAGUGAAAGUUAAUUUGGACCAAAUAAUUCAACGCAACGUCGACCGGAAAACGACGGCUCAUCUGAUGGCCGAUUCUAUUCAGCACCACAACCACCACUAUCACUUUCAACAACGGCGGCUGCUGGGAAAAUCUCUAUUUUCAGUCUCGGAUCUGGGCCAAACAGUAACAGGCCGGUCAGCCCGCGGUGUGUAGUGGGCCCAACCAGAUAAUCGCGGUGCGCAAAGCUCUCUCUACAUUUUCCCGAAAACCUGCGGAAAUUCGGCAGAAUCGUUGAACGGUGGGAAUAAUGGCCAGAGUUUUCUGCUGCGCACGAUCGCACCGAUAACAAAUCACCGCCUGUGUGUGUUUUUCUUUUCUUACGGGAUCUGUGCGAUAUUAUCACCCACCAGCAGUGGGAUGAGAGUCUUGGCCGCUCCUUGGCGCGGUAGUAGUUCGGAACAGUUCGAAUCGUGCGUACGUGCGUGAAAGACGAGUGCAACGAGACGGCGUGCGAGCGAAUGGUGACGUGUUUGCAUUUCAAAUCUAGAUACAAGUGAAAUCAAUUAUUGCGAUAUUAGCUUUUGUGUUUGUCGAAAUAGGGGGAACAGAUAUAUUCGCAAACUACACAUCAAAACAGUAGCGCAAAGGAAGCAAACAGAAAUGUGACUUUCAAUCCCCCGAAGUGCUGUUGAAUGAUGUGAUAUCAGUUUAGUUUGAAUGUUCAAAAAUAAAUAACCACGACAACAGCAACAUCGCCACAAGUGUAAAUCAGUUAGUGCAUUCGCCGCCAGUUUUUCCUACAUUGUGUGAAUGCAGCCAAUAGCGAGGUGCAUCCAUUCGGAAGAAAGUGAAAAAGUGUGUGAUACAAGUGGGUCAUGUCGAAGAAAAAUCCUAGCACCUAGUUUAGAAGGCGCAAGGUGAAAUCCGCAUAAGAAGCGACCACCGAUCACCCGAAGUAAAGAGAGAGAAAGAAAACCAACUUGGAAAGUGUUCAAACCGGCUGCCAAUCAGCCUCAGCAUAAAUCGAACGUGACGUGUGUGUCUGUCUGUCGGCUGCAGUGAGCUUCGAAAAUGUCCACCUCGUCGAUUGGCCGCGAAGAGGAGCGGAAACCGCUCAUGGAGGAGUUCUACCGGCAGCGGCGGAUACUGCUCGGAUGCACCCUGCUGGUCGGCCUCGCUGUGAUAGUGUGGAUCGUAGCGAUCUCCACCGAUCAUUGGUUCAUCGUAACAGGUGGUCAAGGCAUUUUCAUACCUGAGACCAGACGUUAUUUCAAAUCAUCACAUUCAGGGCUGUGGAAAAUAUGUCGAUACGGAAUGACGCCGACGGUUCUGCCCCACUCCAAUGCCACCCGCAACUUCACCACCCUCUCCUACAUCAACGAGAACCGUAUCGACAAUAUGAAAAAGACAAUCUCCAAGGAGGACUACAUUAAAGACUUUGUCGCCGAGGAGCUGCGGGUGGACAACCUGACCGAAAUCGACGACAACUUCCGGCGGCAUCUGUUCGCCUACUGGAUCAAAGACGACCUGGAGCAGUUCAACGCACUGAAAAGCGUCUACCACGAAAUGACCUCGCGGCACAGCCAACAGGAAAGCGUUUCCGCCCAUAAGAUGAAAAAUCCACCGCUGAUGAUGCUCGAUCCGACGGACAUUAGCUCCCUGAAGGAAGCGGUUGGCGUGUCCGGGGCGUUAACCACGGUGACGAUAAACUCGACGGAAAUUAAUGUGCUGGUGCCGCAAACGUUGCGCGAUGCCCUGUUUGACGAAUGGGAAAACAAAGCGGGUGUAAUAUAUCUGCUGUGGAGCUUCUCGAAGGCGAUGGGCAUCCAACCGUUCAUUACCAGCCCCGACGGAACCAAGUACAUCAUUAGGCCCCCGCUGCCACCGAAAAAGGGCCGCAUCGGAAAUGGAUACGAGUACGUUCCGUUCAAGAAAUGUAAGCUUCAUGAUCUCUUCCCAACCGAGGAAACCAUCAAACAGGACCCAUCUAUAGACGAUGAAAUCUUAGAAAGAGGAGAUCCUUUCUACGAGCCCGAGUUUGAUUCCGAAGACUACAGCCGCACGGAAGCAUCGUUCGCCUGCAUCACGCUGUUCAUCAUGGUGAUGGGUUUCGUGUUCUCCGUUUACACCUUCCUGAACCCAAGGUACAUGUUCAAGCGAUUAGCGGGCGGCAUCCACUUCAUCUCGGGAGCUACAAGUAUUGUGGUUAUUCAAGUCCUCAUUGCGUCAGUUGAGUACGAAAAGGAAAACAUAACGUAUACCUUCCCGAAAGGAGCGAAGUCUAGCUAUGGAUAUGGAUUCUUCCUGGCGUGGUCAGUGUUCCUUUCCAACCUCUAUGCCGGACUGGCCUUUAUGUGGUACUCUAAGAAGAAGAAGGGCAACAAAGCGGCCACCGAAGAACUUGGAAUGGCCGACGAGCCUAUCAAUAUCGGACGAUAAGCGAGAGCCCAAUUUGGAAUCGAUUGCCAAAAAUGAUACUCAGAACAAUAAAUAUGAACUUGAAAAACUAGCAAACGAACACUCAACUUUCGAAGCAAAUUCUUAUAACACUUUACACAGAAUGAUGAUUGACAGUGCUAUACGAUGAAUAAUGGUGAAGAUGCAAAACAGCUCUACUUUUUAGGCACGCGUGAUCCAUGAUCCCAAACUGAAGAAUUAUAAAUUUUCGGUCCGAUGAUAAUAAUUAUACAAAAAAUCGUUUCAAAAUACACGUUAAGCAAGUGCAAAGACAGAUUUGAACAAUUGUAAAUAUGUUUUUUUUUUCACUGUGUAAGUUAAGGAUAGGUUGACAAAAGAUCACCUAAAUUUGCAAUUUUACGUAUAAAUAUACAAGUAAUGAACGUAUACAUGUGUUCCCGGUUAAUAAAAACAGCAUACAAAUAAAUUCUUUCGAUUGUCGAAAAACAAGACAUUUUUGUAAUGACACAAUGUUUAUCUACUUCAUUGCGAAUAUCUCUAUCAGUAACUGCGAUUUGUUAUUUCUUUUUUAUUUUCUGUUACUCGAAAUAAAUAUGAUUCAACGAAUUUAA